AUGAAGCUGGUGAAGUUUGUGAAUUGUGAUGCCCCGAAUGUCCCAGCCGACAUGCUUCAACUGUCCGUAGAGGAGCAACGGAUUUGUGUCGUCUCCAAUCAACGUAGCGACGGGGAGCAUGAGACGAAAAGUUGGCAUCUUAUCAGUGCCGCACCGUCGAUGGAUGGUGUUUAUUGGCUGCUGAACGAUGACAACACGCCCAUAGGGCCGAUUAACGAGAUUCUGCUCGCCACGCGGGACAAUGCAAAUUCUGCUCGCACAAAAGUCCCUGAGGGGGUUAAGGAAUGCCAUAUUGACGGUGUUGACUUACGGAGUAAGAUGGGGAAGCAACUCCAGCGCACACGUGAAGAGUACGGCCAGACGUUUAAAACGGCAGCACGGAAUGCGGCACUGUUGAUGGACGCAGAUCGGCUGCGUGUGGGUCGUGAGGAGAAAGUCAGGAAGGAGCGAAAACGUGUCGUGGAGGCGAUUGAAAACGGUGAGGAACCGAUUCGUAAAACACGUGGAAAGAAGGAAGACGGUAACAAGAGCAACGGUGGGUCAAAGAAGCACUGA